AUCGCGGCUGCGGGUUAGGCUUUGAAAGUCAGCCUCACAGGCAUUGCUGCAGAGCCCCGAGCCGCGGAGGGGCGCGGAGAGGAGCGGAGCUCGCAGCGUAUGUGCGCGGGGCCGGGAGGGAGGGACAGACAGACAGACAGACGCGGGGGGAGGGGGUUGGGGGAGGCGGUGCGUCCUGCUCUGCCCUGCCCUGUCCUGUCCUCCAGGCGGGGGACCCGGCCGCUCACCUCGGCGUUAGCAGCUGCCGCCGCUCCUUGGACCUCCGCGCCGGGACCGGCCGCCGGGGUGCUCGCCGUCACCUGCUGCGGCCGCUGGGCCGGUGCCGCGUGCUCGCUCGCCUGCUGCCCGCGCAGGGUCGGAGCCGCUCUCGCAGGCCAGAUCAAGCAUGGAAUUGUUGAGGAAGAAAAUUACUGCAUCUUUGGACUCCUGAAAGAAGAGCUUUCCCAAUGGGACCACUUUCAAGGGUGAUGUGAAAAACAGAUUCACAAAGAUCCAGCGUUGAUGCUUGAAAGGAAUUCUUUGUGCUUGGUGGAGAUGGAAAAAGAUGAAAAACAAGCUGGUUUCCUGGAGGAAGAAGGCAGCAAAUAUUUAAUGGAACUUUAUUGCUGUGGAGCCAUGUUUUGAAUGCUUCUCCUAGAAUAUUCAUAAAUAUUCUAGAUAUUAGCAGAUUGAUAUGAUUGGAAACGUGGCUUAUCAAACAGUAUAUACUGGAAGAAGCCUGCUUGGAAUAUGACAUUUUGUAUUGUUUUUGAAAGUCUGUGAGAAAACUCCAUAGACGCCUGCCUGUUAUUUCUUAACUCUGCAUCUGGAUUCAGCUACAGCAAAACUAGUCUUUGAAGUGAAUAGAACCAGAGCCCUUUUGGAAACUUUUAUUGAACAUGACUCAUGGAGAAGAGCUUGGCUCUGAGAUGCACCAGGAUUCUGUUGUUCUAACUUACCUAGAGGGAUUACUAAUGCAUCAAGCAGCAGGAGGCUCAGGUACUGCAGUUGACAAAAAGUCUACUGGGCAAAGUGGAGAGGAUCAAAAGUUUAAGAUUUCUGGAAAUUUAUUUCCCAGCUGCCAAAGUAAUGGUCCAGUUCUUAACACAAAUACCUAUCAGGGAUCUGGCAUGCUGCACCUCAAAAAAGCAAGACUGUUGCAGUCUUCUGAAGACUGGAAUGCAGCAAAGAGAAGGCGGUUGUCUGAUUCCAUAGUGGAUUUAGAUGGAAAAAAGGAAGCUUUGUUAGCUGGCAUGGUUGAAAAUGUGCCUAAAGGCAAACAGGAUAGCACAUUACUUGCCUCUUUGCUUCAGUCAUUCAGCUCUAGGCUGCAGAGUGUUGCUCUGUCACAACAGAUUAGGCAGAGCCUCAAGGAGCAAGAGUAUUCCCUUAGCCACGAUUCUUUACAAGUGGAGAAAGAUUUAAGCUGCUAUGGUGUUGCAUCCAGUCACCUGAAGACUCUGCUGAAGAAGAGCAAAGCUAAAGAUCAGAAGCUGGACGGCAGCUUGCCUGAUAUAACAAAGAACCUGCCCAAAGAGAGGUUUGUAGAAUCUCCUCAUGCAGUGCAGAGUGGACCUAAAGUGCUAAAUGAGCCUUUGUCGUGUGCUGCAAGGUUACAAGCAGUUGCAAGUAUGGUAGAGAAACGCUCCAGCCCUGCUGCUUCCCCCAAGCCCAGCGUGGCCUGCAGCCAGCUAGCUUUACUCCUUUCAAGUGAAGCUCACUUGCAGCAGUACUCUAGGGAACACGCUUUAAAAGCACAAAAUGCAAAUCAAAUAGCAAGUGAGAGGCUUGCAGCCAUGGCCAGAUUACAAGAAAGUUCUCAGAAAGAUGUUGGCCAGUUUGGUUUAGCAAAAGGAAUGACAAGCCAUCUCAAUGGUCAGACAGGAUCAUCAACCAAAACAGUAUCUAACAAAAGCAGUGUGGCACCGUUUCAGAGUUCAGCGGGAGUCAUGCAUUCACCUCCCAAAAAUAUGGGAUACAAAAGUACUUUGGAAAGGAGUAAUGUGAAAACCUCUCCCAGCAACAGUUUGCUCUUGCAUCUACUGAAAAGCCAGAAUACCACCAAACAUGUAAAAGGUCAUGAACAGAGUGAGAGAGCCAGCAUUUUUGAAGACAGUAGCACACCAACAACUAUUGAUGAGUAUUCAGACAACAACCCUAGUUUUACAGAAGAUGACAGCAGUGAUGAUGAAAGCUCCCAUUCCAACUGCCUUCCGAUAGACCUAUCCUUUAAACAGAGGACAGAUAAACCAGAGGCAGGUCCACCUGCAUCGCUGGAUAACCUCACUCAGUCCUUGCUUCAUAACUGGGAUCCAAAAGUUUCUUGUCCAGAGAACAAGGAAGACAAAGACACUCCAAAAGCUUCUAAGCUGAAUCCUCAUCAGAAAGUAACAUUACUUCAGCUGUUACUUGGGCAUAAAAGUGAAGAAAAGGUAGACAAGAGCAACGACCCUCAGGGACCACACAGUGCAGCUGAUGUGGCAAAAUUCACUGUACAGACUGGUAAAAGGACUCCUGUUAGUGACAGUCCCAGUGCAAACCGAAUGACUCCUUUAAGCACUCCACCUUUGCUGGCUUCUACAAAAGCAGACUCUCCUAUAAAUCUCUCACACCAGUCAUUAGCCAUCAAGCGUAGCUCGCCACCGUAUGCCUGCAGUGUCCAGCCGGACAGGCUGGUGAACCCUGCAUCUAAACAUUUGAUAGACCUCUCUAAAAGCAAAGAAAUUCAAGGAGCCAAGCUGAGCAGGAACGAUAGUCCCCAGAAUUCUUCGGCUUUCAGUGCAAGCAAGCUGUUGCAGAACCUCGCUCAGUGCGGCAUGCAGACUUCUGUGUCAAGUGAAGAACAAAGAGCUGGCAAACAGCUGCUAGCAGGGAACACAGAUAAGCCUGUAGGCUUGAUUGAUAGAUUGAACAGCCCUCUGCUUACGAAUAAAUUGGGUACGCAUGAAGAAAAUAACAAAAUAUUCAGUUGUCAGCCUGCACCUGCCGAACAAGGACUUCCAGGUUCGGAAAUAGAAAAUCUCCUUGAAAGGCGCACUGUCCUUCAGUUGCUUCUGGGAACUCCCAAUAAAGGUAAAAGUGAGAAGAAAGAGAGGAUGCUUUUAAGAGAUGAAAGUUCUCAAGAACAGACAGAUAAGGCUCUGAGCGAGCAAAUAUUGACGGUGAAAAUAAAAACUGAACCAUCUGAUGAAUCAAGCGUUCCUUAUAAUUCAAAUGCACAACCCAUAAGAGAGUGCAAGGGUAACAAAUUUCAAGGAUUUGUUCAUUCACGUUCGCAGAGAAAUACAGCUGCUUCUCCAGCAUCCGAGGAGUUGAAAUCUGAGCCUCUUUCCCCUCAAGAUUUCUCUUUUUCCAAAAAUGGCCUGCUAAGUUGGUUGCUGAGGCAAAAUCAAGAUCGCUACCCUGCAGAUGAGCUGGACAGAAGUCACCGAAACAAUGAGCUGGCACACCUUGAAUCCAAGAGUCUUUGCACAGUACCGAAGAAGAGGAGGCUUCAUGCUGAGCCUUUAGAAAGUCCAUUAAAAAAGAUGAAAAGUAAUAUGUCUGAUGCUGCAAACAAUCACGCUUCUCCCACAGAGGCGUUGUAUGGGCCUCUGCUUAACCAGCAGGAACUAAAAUUUGGCAGAAAUGAUGCUGAAUUUAAAUAUGCUGUAAGUCGUGGUUCAAAUAACGAAAGCGAAAAUAGGGGUUGGUCUAGAGAUAGUAAAGGCUUUAAUGUGUUGAAACAGCUGCUUCUUUCAGAAAACUGUGAGAGAGAUCUGUCACAACAUAGGAAUAAUGUACUAACAGAGGGCAAGAAAAAAGGAAACAAAACCAGUGCAACAGUUAAUAAACCUGAAUUCAGCAUUUCUUCAGUAAGUGGGCUAAUGGGAAGCCCCGUGCAACAGAACAAUUCUGUAGAUCAUAGAACAUUUCAGUAUCCUGUAGCAGUAAAAAGUCCUGCCAGUUCCCCCUUCCCUGAACAUUUGGGCAGUACAAUAUCUAAACUUGAGACCGACCAGUUUAGUGCAUGUUCCAUGCCCGGUGAAAAAGGGCCCAUCAGAUGGGUGAUCACAGGUGUGGACAAGAAUGAUUAUGAGAAAGACUCUCCAAGACUGACCAAAACCAAUCCAAUAUUGUACUACAUGUUACAGAAAGGUGGCAACUCUGUUAGUAGCCAAGAAGCACAUGACAAAGAAAUCUGGAAUGAACCUUCAUUUACUGAUAGUUCAACUCGUGUUACAAUCAAAGAGGAGUUGACAUCUGAUGCAGAUCUUAAAACUCCUUUUAAUAACUUAAGAAGCCCUUACAACAGCCAUAUGGGGAGUAACACCUCUCAUCAACAUGGUGUGAAUGGAGAAGUGCAUGGACUUCUGGAAAAAGUGCUAACAAUCAAAAAAGAGCCAGAAUAGACUACAGCCUCUUCAAUGAGUUUACAAUCAGUGGUUUUGAAUCUUUGUUUAAAAAAACAAAAAAACAAAAAAAAAAACAAACAAACAAAAAAAAAAAACAAAAAAAAAAAAAGAAAAAAUAAAAAUUAGUACGAACUUGACUACUGUAUAAAUUGAGCAUGAUUUUAGAGAAGCAUGGUCUAAUUGAAAUGUUUUCAUUUGGUAAACUUUUUAUUUUUCUGGUGAUGUUAUUUAAAAUACAUGUAGAUAAAAUUUGCAUUACAAUAGGUUGUCACAAGGAAACUAGAAAGGUUGUAAUUUGUACAAGACAUUUCUGUAUGCAUCAGAUUAAGUUAUGAGUACUCUUUGAUCAGAGUCUUCUUUGGAAUUGCAAGUUUUUGGUAUAACAAAGUGUAAGCAUACAGGCUAGGUGGUAGUAAUGCUGCGUUUUCUCCCUCCCUGUAAAAUAAUCCUUUUUUUGGGGAAGCCCGAGCAUAGAGACAGAGUAGGGUUCGGGGGUUGGUUUUUUGUUUGUUUUUUGUUUUUUUUUUUGGGGGGGGGGGGUUGGGGUUUUUUUUGUUUGUUUGGGUUUUUUUUAUGGUUAAUCUGUUUUGUGAAAUGUUAGGAAUAAUUUUUAAGAAAUGGAGCAGUCCAUCCAGGGUAUUAGCUCAUCAUAUUGGAAAACCUGUGUCAGUGUUAAUAAUUGAAAUGCACUGAAAUGUAUUUUUUAGUGCUUCCAAAAUUUGUAUUGUUACUUUUAAAUCUUUUUUGUGGUCCUGCCAGAAUAGUGGUGUAAACAUCUAUUUUUCUUCCCUGCUCUUGUCAAAUGCCUUCCUCAGAAUCCUUAGCCAUUGUUAUGAGUUACUGGUUAGAUUAAGGUUUUUUUUCUUAGUUUUUUUACAAAAGGCAAAUUUUUGUAGGCCAUGCAAGUACUGUAUGACCCUCUUUGUUGGCACGUUCCUGUCACUUUACUGCUUAAAAGGGGAAGCCCAAAAUGCCUCUUGGAGUAGUGCAAUUAAGAAGGCUUAGUGUGUGUAUCUGGUGAGGAAGAUGGUGGAAUAUGCCAGUGAUAGAAAUUGUCUGCUUAGCUCCAUCCUUCUUCCCCUGCAGAAGAAUACCAGCUGCACUAAAGCAGCACAUCAGAGUUUCACUCACAGAUGGAAUAGGAUUGUAAUGAAAAAUGUGUUGGCCUCUUCCUACAGCCAGGGAAUAGGAUCCAUAUUCUGCCAAUAUUUAUUACUCUCUGAACAGCUGAUGCAUGGUUUAAUGCACUCCCCUUUCACUGCAGAAAACCUGGUUUUAGACUAAUUUUUCAAGUUGCACCGAGGAUAAAAUUGUGGUUUUGUCAUGUGUUGUAAUGGAUAGCGGGACGUGUCUGAGAAAUCCUCCUCUGCCCUUUUCCUCAAUCCCCACCUGUGCUGUGAUUUGUAACAUCUGGCAAUAUCAGCCUGAGAUGGGAGGAACUGAAAAUUGCGGUCAAAGCUGAGACACCUGGAAAGAAUUGCUGGCUGGGGAAGAGCCAUGUGGCUCUGCUUCCCUGUUAACACUGUCAGUGUUAACUCCAUUUGCAGCCUUUAUUUCUCAUGGGGGAGGAGGAAAAAAAUCCAGCUCUUCUAAAUUAUGAGUUAUUGACAAGUGUAAGUUUUGCUGAACUUUUAACUCCCCUGGAAAAAAAAAACAUUCUCAGUAGCUUCUAAUUUCAGUGAUAAUGCUCUGUGCUAACAGUAAACAGCUUAAGUAGUUGGCUUGCACAGCUAAUGAAAGCUACCCCUUUCCAUUUUGACCGUUCUCAUCACUGGGAGUCGAUAACAUGACAGGACUGCUGUUUCUGUCCAUCUCUUGUUUGUGUAGCAGAGAUGAGUGAUGGGGCAUUUUGCUCUUUUCCUUUCUGGCUUGGUUUCAGGGAUCCUUUUCCUAGAUGGAUUGCUUGCUGAGACACAGAGCAAGCUGUUGUCCCUCUUGUGUCCUCUACCCCCAGCAUGGGAUCAGGUUCUCUUCUUUCCAGUGCAGUCCCUGCUGAAAGGGGCUUCUUCUGUCUGCCAGAUGGAAAGUUCACCACUAUUCUGUUUUACCCUCUCUGGGGGUUCCCUUCUUUUAGGGAACACAAAUAUUUGGCAGUAUCUGACAUAAAACAUUCCCCCUGGUUUAUAUGCGAAAUAAAAGAGCAAUUUAAAGAUAUAUUUUUAUGUUAUUUGGGUGAAGCAUAAUAUAUUAAUGGGCUGUAAAAAGAAGAUUUAUAUUUUAAAACCUUCACACAAGUCUAGUAUCAUUUUAAAUGUCAUUGUCUGAAGUAUAAUAUAAAAAUAAAAUUUUGUUUGUCUUUAAUAUUGCAUUUAUAAGUGGCCCAAUGACAAUUCAGAUGUUUCAUAGAAUAAUCAUUAACCAGAUAAAGUAUAUUUUGGAUUGACAGUGGUACUGAAUUCUUUUUAUAUGAGUCAACCCAGCAGAAAUAUUAAAAAGAUGGUAUUUGUUCCAUACAUUAAAUGUCUCUUAAAGUCUUAAUUAAUUAUUUUUCUGGAAACAACAUGUAUAUAGCUAGGAAAUAUAUACAAUAUAGAGUAAUAGAUGGUCCCCAGAGUAAAUACAGGGCUAUAAUUUACUUGAAGAGCUCCACAGGAAAAUGCAGCUUGAAAGGAUUUGAAAUAAUCUGGUUAUAAAAACUUCAUCAAAACCAAGUUGAGAUGAAAAGUAGGAAGGAGAGUCUCUAAUCCUAACAAAAAGUAAUACUGGAGUCUAGGAGUGUGCAUACCUGUGUAUUUAUUCUAUGGUAGUCUAUUGUUAUAAUAUAUACUUUUGAACAUUUAGUUUUAAAAGUUUUAUAAAACAUUUAAGUUAAAAUGUUAAAGACCAGUAAAUGAUUUAGCUUCCUUUUUAGGUGAUAUUAAUUGAAAGGGUAUUACCAUUCUCACAGACGUCAGUUAAAUAUAAUAUGCAAGAAUUCUAUUUCAGAACAUGCUGAUGCUGUUCAUGGAAGAAUCUUGCCUCUUGUAGACAUUGCAAUCUCAAGCAUCAUGUAGUGUGAUGAUGAAGCCCAUGAGAGAGUUUAGAGCAGGCCAACCUAAUGCUCUUCUGUCAGCUGAUAAGGGAGCAACAGUUUUAUCACUGAUGUUACCCUUCCCUAGGGAAGAGAGGUCUUCAAAAUCUGCUGCAUCCACAUUUACAGCCCUUAAAACUGAGGACCAAAGGCUCUUGAAUAACUUUUUAUCUUAUAGGAUAGGUAAGUAAAAAGGGGUAGCCAUUGUUUUCCUUGGGGACUUUUCCAUCAGAAAAGAGGGGUGGAGGGGUGCAGAGGAUCUGGUUUUGCUGCACCAUCAGAGGGGCUGGUAGGGCUGGCCGUGUUUUCCCCGGCAACUCAAAGAUGUUGGAUUUCUGUUAGUUCCUGUAGGAGACUGAUAAACCAAGGUCAUCUGAGUAAUGCUUGGUAUUUGCAGCAACUCUUGUUUCCUUGGUUCAGCAGACACUCACUACUAGGAUAUGCAUUUUGGGUGUCCCAAAUAUGCUUCCUUAGUCUGUGGGGGUGGAAGAGCCCAAGGUAGCUCUGCAAUCUCAGGAGGAUGAAGUUUCAGUUACGUCUUCAGACUACAGACUUGGAAAAUGGGAUCUUGUCAGAUACUGGCAGCAGUAGCUGUGCAGGCAAAGAGUUGCAGGCUUGAUGGGUGCUGUUGUGUGAUCUUGCCACCAAAGGAGCAGGGAGGGAGGGGAGAAGAUCACAUCCCAGUGUAGCUGGGCAAGACCGCUAGGAGAAGCAGGGAGCAGGGAAGAAGUAAGUUAGGGUUGUGUCUGUACUACACUUCAAAGUUGCAAUUGCAGCCCCUGGGAACUUAGACCUGAAUUAUCUGUAACCUUGCUUAAGUCAGAGCAGUCUCAGCAGCAGCAGCAGUCGGGUUGGUAAGCACCCUGUGCCUUUCUCAAGGGGCAUCUACAAGCUCAUGCCGCUCCCCCACGGGGGUGGUGUAGCACUCUAGCUAGCUAGGUUUUGGGCAUGACUUGUAAUUGCCACAUGGAUAUGCCUUUUCUGUCCAGAGGAAUGUGAUGAGACUGAGAGAACCAGAUUUCCAGUAUCUCCUCUGCCAAAGUUUGAGGAAAUAAUGUGGGGUUAACGCAUUACCACAGAAACAAAGGUGUUUGGCUGGAGGGUCUCUCUGCUGAAAACCACCUAACCAGGCGGCGCAGUUUGAGAAGUUUAUAAACAUUACGAGAUAGAAAGGGAAUUCAGCCAUAGCUUUCACUUUUCUUAGCCAUUUACUCUUAGUAAUGUUUUUAAAUUUUUAAUUUACAAAUGUUUUUAAAAGAGAGAAACGAGUGGUUUAAAUUUUCCCUGUUAUAUGUUGGUGAAAGUAUUACAGCUCUCAUUGACGUCAGUGACAUGAUAUUACCAGUUUGUUCUCUGCUACAUCUUACAGAGGAGUAAACUGGUAAGUAUAUAUUAUAUAUAUUUAUAUAUAAUGUAAAUAUAUUGACUUGUUACACCUAUAAUAUGUUGAAAUUGGUUUUUAAAAGGUGAUGUAAAUAGUGGUUUCCUUAAUGAAAAAUACAUAUUUUGUAUUGUUCUAAUGCAAAGGAAAAAAAAACACACCCUUUUAAUCUUUUUUUGUUAUGUAUAUUCCAUGUAUAAGUGUAAAUAUGAUCACAUAGGUUUAAAAACUUUUGCAUGUAUGUAUACAGUUGCAAGUCUGGAAGAAUGUAUAGAAAAAUACUUUUAUUUAAAGUUGUGAUUACCUGCUGCAUGAAAAGUGCAUGGGGGACCCUGUGCAUCUGUGCGUUGGCAAAAAAAAAGAAAAAUAAAACAAGAAAAGAAAAAAAAAGUCUUAACAAGUCAGGUCAGUUCAAAACACAACAGUAUUCCACUUCUGGACAUGACUUCUGCUGUGGUAUUUUAGCUUUGUGAAAGAAUGUGCUUCAAAUCAAAAGGGUCUGGGGAAAAAGAAAAAAAUAGAAAAAAAAAAAAGAAAAAACCCAAACAAAAAACCCAAAACAAAACAAAACAAAAACACCAGUAAAAAAACCAACCAAACACAAAACUACUUUUAAAACAUGAAGUACUCAUACAUCUAUAAUCAUGUAAGUUCAGAACUCCAUUUUGCAUAAUUGAAAUAUUGUACUGGGACUACUCCAUGCCUGUAAAACAAAGGAAUAUUGAUUUUCAUUGCCAUAUAUAAGAAUUCGGGAUUUUACCACAACCAAUUUUAUUGUGAUGUGUCUUCAGUAAUUUAUCUAACUGGUCUCAUUUUUUUAUUAGAAAUUAAUUUCCUCAUGUGAUGUCACAAGACUGUACAUAUUGCAGUGUGAAGUUUUUUUAAAUCUUUCAGUGUUUACUUCCUGCAGAAGAUUUGAAUAAAUGAGAAAAAUGCAUUGUC